AUGGAGGUCUCUGACGCCGCGGAGGCGUCCGAGGAGGCGCCGCCGGGCUUCCUGUACACCAAGUGCUUCUGCGAGGAGAACACGUACAAGCUCAUCGAGCAACUCGUCCGCGACGCCGUCUGCCCCGUGGACGAUCUGUACGCGGUGUUCCUCUCCUCGCCGCGGCGGCAGUUUCCGAUCCUCAAGCAGCGCGCCGGAGACGGCGACGUCAUCGUCUGGGACUACCACGUGCUGUGCGUGCAGCGCGGCGCGCGCGGCGCGGUCGUGUGGGACCUCGACACGGUCCUGCGGCCGUUCCCUGCGCCGUUCGAGCUGUACGGCAAAGAGGCGCUGCUGCUCACGGCGCCGCAGCUGAGGGCGUUCGACCGGCGCUUCCGCGUCGUGGCGGCGCGGAGCUUCCUCGACUGCUUCAGCUCCGACCGCCGGCACAUGCGCGCCGCGGACGGCAGCUGGACGAUGCCGCCGCCUGCGUGGGAUGUGCUGCAGGGUCCGCGCGCGCGGGCAGCCGGCGGUGACGCGCCGCCGGAGCACCGCCUGCCGCUGUACAUCGACGUCAGCUGGGAGGACGACGCGGGGCGCAGCGGGCAGCCCGCAGCGCUGCAGGAGGUGGUCGGCUGCGCGCUCGGCAGGGUCGUGGACGAGCGCGGGCUGUGGGAGCUGUUUCGCGGCGGGCGGAGCGAUGCGUAG